AUGGGCGCGAGUGCCGUCAGGUUCCUUAGGGGCAUCGUGGCCGCUCGGGGCGUCAACCGCAGCCGGGAUGAGUUUCGAGAGUACUGGCGGACCCACGUGCUGGAGCUGUCCUUGCUGGUGCACCAGUACCGCGGCGGCGCGCCCGUGCGCGCACGGCUUGAGCAGGCCGUGUUUGACAUGGGGGUGAGGUUUGGCGCCCUCUUCCUGCACGACAAUGCGUGGGCACUCGAGCUGAUUGUGAUUGACCUGGAGACGGGCGUCCGCUGCGAGCCGCCCCAGAGCCACUGGGACCAGGUGGCGGCCAGCAUGGAGCUCACCGAGGACCAGUUGGUUCUCUUCGGCAUGCUUGACCGCUGGUGGAAAUCAACAACCCAGGAGCAGCGCCAGGCGCUCGCAGCUCGUGCAGCUGCGGCAGGGGCUGAGGCCGACAUUGACCUGCAGGAGGCGGUGGCGGCCGGCCUGGAGCGCAUCAACUCAACAUACCUGGUGUCGAUUGUCGCGUGCCUGGCGGUGAACAUGCAGGCGCUCAUGAGGCCGGAGCAGGUGGCGGCGUCCUGGAUAUCCAGCUGCCCCGCGCGCAAUGCCGCCGCCCUGCAGGAUGCCCCUGAUGACGGCCACGUUCGAGGCCCUGAGAAGGCAGCGCAGCCUGCAAGCGGCUACUGGACAAUCCAAUGUGAGACAAGCCUGGAGGUGGAGGUUAAAAAGUCUCAGUUUCUGGUCACCGCGUGGCCCGUCCAAUCCGGCGACCAGGCGAUGCGGCUAAUCCAGGAGGCGGGCGACCCCGCUGCCUCUCACAACUGUUUUGCUUGGAAAGUGGGGGCAGCACAUCGCUCUUCGGACGACGGCGAGCCCGGAGGGACGGCGGGGCGCCCAAUUCUUGGGGCUAUAGAGGGCGACGGUCUGGAUGGCGUGGCAGUUCUGGUCACCAGGCACUUUGGUGGCAUCAAGCUUGGCUCUGGCGGCUUGGUCAGGGCAUACGGCGGCGCCGCCCGCGACUGCCUGCGCGCCGCCCCAAAGCAGUUUGUCAAGCGACAAAUCGAGCUGCGGGCAGAGUGCCCGUUCCAGUCGUUGGGGGCAGUGUACGGGGCGAUGCAGCGGCACGGCGCUGCCGCCAGCGGCGAGGAAGAGUACACAGAGUCCGGGGCUGUGGCGGUGCGGUUCCUGGUUGACGAGGACGCUGCCGCAGCGGUGGUGGACGCAGUAUCCAAUGCGACGAGCGGGCGGGUCGUGCCCAUGGUGGUGCCGCCUGAUGGUUAA